UAUUAUUACUACUAUUAUUUUUUCCCUCCCCGGCGGUUCCUGUCCGUGCUACAUGACUUGCCAGCGCUUGAGACUGCUGUCCAACUGCGCUGCCGCCGCCACCGCCGCCGGUGGUGCCGCCGCCGCCGCCUCGGCCACCGCCACCGCUUCGGCCGCCGCCUCCGCCGCCGCCCCGCGCGCAGCUCCCUCAGCCGCCGCAACUUUCCCCCUCAGACUAGUGUGUGAUGUUGGACAUGGGAGAUAGGAAGGAAGUGAAAAUGCUGCCGAAAUCCUCCUUUAGCAUAAACAGCCUGGUUCCCGAAGCCGUCCAGAGCGACAACAACCACAGCAGCCACAGCCACCACAACAGCCACCACCCCCAUCACCACCACCAUCACCACCACCACCACCACCACCCGCCGCCGCAGCAGCCCCAGCGAGCGGCCGCAGCCGAGGAGGAGGACGAGGAGAAGGGGCAGCACCUCCUGCCGCCCCCCACCGCCACCGCCUCCGGCGCCCUGGAGGUGGCCAAGGCGGACAUGCUGGCGGGCAAAGGCGAGGCGGGCGCGGCGGUGGCGGCGGCGGCGGAGCUGGAGGAGAAGGAGAAAGCGGCCGAGGAGAAGAAGGGGGCGGCGGAGGGGGCCAAGGACGGGGAGAGCGGGAAGGAGGGGGAGAAGAAGAACGGCAAGUACGAGAAGCCGCCGUUCAGCUACAACGCGCUCAUCAUGAUGGCCAUCCGGCAGAGCCCCGAGAAGCGCCUCACGCUCAAUGGCAUCUACGAGUUCAUCAUGAAGAACUUCCCCUACUACCGGGAGAACAAGCAGGGCUGGCAGAACUCCAUUCGGCACAACCUCUCGCUCAAUAAGUGCUUCGUCAAGGUGCCCCGCCACUACGACGACCCGGGCAAAGGGAACUACUGGAUGCUGGACCCCUCCAGCGACGACGUCUUCAUCGGGGGCACCACCGGCAAGCUCCGCCGGCGCUCCACCACCUCUCGGGCCAAGCUGGCCUUUAAGCGAGGCGCCCGGCUCACCUCCACCGGACUGACAUUCAUGGAUAGGGCAGGAUCCUUGUACUGGCCUAUGUCCCCCUUCCUCUCCCUGCACCACCCCCGGGCCAGCAGCACUUUGAGUUACAAUGGGACCACGUCCGCCUACCCCAGCCACCCCAUGCCCUACAGCUCAGUGUUGACUCAAAACUCCUUGGGAAACAACCACUCCUUUUCCACGUCUAAUGGGUUAAGUGUUGAUAGACUAGUCAAUGGAGAGAUACCUUAUGCCACUCAUCACCUCACAGCAGCAGCUCUGGCCGCCUCAGUGCCGUGUGGCUUGUCAGUUCCCUGCUCCGGCACCUAUUCCCUAAACCCCUGCUCUGUAAAUCUCCUAGCAGGACAGACGAGUUACUUUUUCCCCCAUGUUCCUCACCCUUCAAUGACUUCUCAAAGCAGCACUUCAAUGACGGCCAGGGCAGCCUCCUCCUCCACGUCGCCACAGGCGCCCUCCACUCUCCCCUGUGAGUCCUUAAGACCUUCUUUGCCAAGUUUUACAACGGGACUUUCCGGAGGACUUUCUGAUUAUUUCACACAUCAAAAUCAGGGGUCUUCUUCAAACCCUUUAAUACAUUAACAUCCAUGGGAUCAGACUGUAAGUGAACAUUUUACACACAUUUGCAUUGUAAAUGAUAAUUAAAAGGAAAAAAAAA